AUGUCGGUCGAACAGCUCGAGUAUUAUGCCGCGGACGCCCCAGCAGACCUCCCGCCUCGUGAGCGCAUCGUUCAGCGAUGUGGCACAGGUUGCUUCCAGAACGGCAUCUGCUUCAAGAUCGAAGGCAUCCCUCGAUUCUGGAUCAAGUACGGUACCGAUAUCACCUUAGGGGAAGCCCAUACACAGGACCAGGUGGCCCAGAUCGUGAACGCCGACCCUACAAGCGCUGUGCGCGUCCCCAAGGUCUACCUCGUCUUCUCGCGCGAGCGGUGUCGCUACAUCAUCAUGGAGUACGUCGCAGGCGAUACAGUUGCGAGCCGCCGACUGAGCGACGGAAAAUACGUGAAGGACGACCUAGCGGCCGUCGCCGCCGCCGUUAAGCAGCUCAUCAGCAUCCGCGUGCCUGCGGGCGCCUCCCCCGGCCAUGUUGGCGGCGGACCCAUCGGUCACGACUUUUUCCUCGACGGCCAGUCGUCCUGCGAAUGA